UUUUAUUCUCUUGAUGUCAUGUCAGUAACAGUAACAUUCGUGCCAAAAAUGUUUCGGUAUAUGUAAUAACACGUAUCAAUUCUUACGGAAAGAAACAUUCUCAAAAUACACUACACUAAUGGAGACUAAUGGAUAUGUCCGUUCUAGAAGAGCCUGAUGAAAAAAUAUUUACGGGAAUUUGGAAAGACAUAUCAAAGGGAUACCAUACAUCGAUAUUAUGUUACAUCGACGGAUCCCAAACUACUGACCAAACCUCAAGGGUGCAGCGUGGUAUUUCUGACGUGGAAAAUAACUGCCGUCAUGAGGUGUGGAAAAUCAAAAUGUGACAGUGGAAAUCACACUUGAUAACAUAUACUGUAUUGUUUGAUGGUGACAAUAGUAGUUUUGGCGGAUGCCCGUUUUAUUCGCUCCGAAAGGUCAACUUCAUACAUACCAUAUGGUCUCAACUCACCGUGUGGGCCCAGCUAUAGUGACACUCCUCUGUUCAUGCCUAUUCGACCUUUACAUAGGAAUGAUGUUCUACCCAAAGUGGAGGAGGCACAAGGCCUAACCAACCAACUCAGGGACAGUUAUGAAAUGAUGCCAUUGCCUGAGAUUUACUCUGAGGAAGUGAUAGGACUGCCUGGACCAGAAGAAAUAUCUGCCUCUCAAAACGUGACUAUUGAUUACAUCAUUGUCUCCCACCUACUUGUGUUUGUCGACAUAGUCUGUACAGACAACACUAUUCCACGUGAUAUCCUGCAUCCACAUCGACGCGCCCUCUGGCAGCAACUCCGCUUAGAAAUACUCAACUUCCUGUGUAGCAUGCACGGGACAAUGGCCCAGGUCCCUCAUGUCUCGAAUGAUAUCACCCUUCCAUGUGUCAGAGAGGCUUCCUGUAAUGGUCCACGCUCGGGAUUUACACGUGACAGUCGAAACUUCCUUAUAGCCAGUGCUGUCCGGGACGUGUUUAGUCGCCUCCAGCACAAAUACAGUUUGUUAUCAAACCAGUAGUCCGGCAGAAAAAUUAAUAAUCCUUUGUCAUCAUUUAUAAUCAGCGACUCAAGAGGAAACUAACUUUGCAGCAUUUUUGUUAAAUUUCGGAAUGUGAUUCGUCGUGUGACAUUUGUUCCCUUUCUCAUUGAUGACGUGAUUUAGUUGUUUUUAAUUUGUAAGUCCAGUAAACAUACUCAUUGUUGGCAUUAGUGAGUUUACGUAUGUAUUAAUUUUGCCCUUUAUUUUUGGAUUUGUCCUCCGCGCAUUUUAAACAUGGUUGCUUUGUAUAUUAAGUUUUGUUUACUACUGCCGAUGACUCGUAGAUGUAUUUUACAUUGAAGAACUUACCUUUAUUUUAUAGGUGGAAUAUACAUUUUAUCAAUUACGAAUAUUUUUCAGUUAUUAUUUUUACUUUGAAU